CGCCGGGCCUGGGUCCGGCCUCGGGCGGCGCGGCAGCUCCGCCGGACUCGGGCGCAGCGGCGGCCCAGGCUCGUCCAGGCCGCUCGGGGCCUGUGCGUGCCGGCGUGGGGCUGGUGCCUGCCCGCUCCCCGGGCAGCGGCGGCUCGCCCUUUGCGGGGCUGCUUGAGGUCGCGCCGCUCUCCGGGCCUGGUCCUCGCUCCCGCCUGUGCCUCUGCCCCGCUUUCCGGGGCCGCUGUCUCUCCCGAGCCUGGCGGGCCGGUGUCUGUGAAGCCGCCACGGUGUGCGCGGGGUAGAGCGGCAGCAGCCCCCCGCAGUAAACCCUCAGUGAUAGCGGCCGUGGCGGAGGAGUUCCCGGUGCUGAGGAGUUUCACGCUCUACAGGUCCCACGAGUGUGAUUAAAUAUUUCGUUACGAGCAGCAUCGGACGCCGCUCGCACCGGCUCCCCGGCAGCGCUGCUGGCAUCCGCUGAGCACCGCUGCGCCUUCCUGGCUGUGAACACCUCGAACGCCUGUAUUACCAGAACAGAGGGAUUUCCCUGAUACACCAUGUCCAAAUAGUUUUAAUUAUUAGCCCUAGGACAGGUGAUGUUUCUGUUCUGAAGCAAUAAGGUGCCCAUGAGAGGAGCACAGCUUUCACCAUUUUAAAGUAUGGAAUUAACCUUAGUGCAAGCAGCCCUUGUAACAGUGGAAGUAACUCUCCGUGUGUCACUGGUCAUGCAGAGGUGUAUUAGUGGUCAUGCAUGCAAAGGUACUUCACUGCUCAGGGCCUAAGCUUUCAGGGUUGGUUUUUUUUGGUCUGGUUGGUUGGUUGUAGGGCCAUCAGUGGUUUCAGAUAGUUCUACAAGACAUUGUCAGCAUAAGUGUUUUAAAAUGCCAGCUGUGUGUAUUUUUAGAAGUCGUGAUCCUGCAUGUACUUGGCUGGCUUGGCUAGGCUGUGGGUCUCUAAGUUGGAGCAUGCUUGCAGGCUUUUUGCUUGCCAGGGUAAUCCCAAAUUCCUGCCACUGGCAGUGGUAUAAGUCAUGUUCCUUUCUGUCAGCCCAGCACUACAGGGACUGCACCUGCAUCUGCACCUUGUGUUUAAAAAAUGAAAUGAAACAAAACCCUGACAAUGCAAGCCCACUCUUUGACUGGUUAAUGCUACACUGAGUACAAAAUACAAGACCUUAUCACAUAUUCUCACCUUAAAUGCCUGGUACCUCAGAAGUAGGGCACGAAGAAUUUCUUUACUCUAUUAGCACCCUUAUCUGAACAGCACCAGAAUGAUCUGCUGGGGAACAGGAAAACAAUUUCCUAUAUGGUUUCUUAUCUCUAAUACAGGGCAGUCUAGGGAGCUGAAACAGUCCCAGGCCAUCAGAGGCAAGGUCUGUGGCUCCAUUUAGGGUUGUGUGUCAGCAGAUUUGGAUUGCUGAUGGGGUAAUUUUGGUAACCUUUGGUAUGACUGUGCAGCAGAUCACAGCUGCCCUUCUUGUAAGUGCAGGAAAGUCUCCGGGUGUAGCGACUGGCAUGUACUUUCUCCUGUGUGAAAAGUGUGGGCUGUGUGCUGUGCAGGAGCCUGUAAGGGUUCUGUGAUGGCAUUGCCACCCUGCUGGCAUAUGGGCCCCGUGCCAGUUCAGCACUAGAGCUGGCUCAGGUAUGGUGGGCAAACUUCCUGUCACUGUCCUUAGAUACCAGAAUAGAACUCUGCUCGCCUGUGUCCAUUUAAGAGCAACAGUCUGAGUUUUUAAUGCCUUAGUUGUGCCUGUAGCUAAAAGUUUUGUUCAUCAACAGUCUGUAGUUGCUUGGUAUAAGUCUAUGGUAAGGAAUGUACUUUUAAGAAAAACUAGAAGAAGGUUCCAGGUAACCCUCCCCUCACACCUGAAAUCAUGAGGCUUUCCUUAUUAACAUCAUGGGCACGCCUGUGCUAUCAGUGGCUGUCAGCUUCAGUGAGGCUCUGAGUUUUUACUUGAUGUGAGUAUGAUGUGUCACAGCCUUGAAACAGAGCUACAGAGCAAGGAAGAGGCUUUGUCUGUGGGGUAGGAGGAGGAAUAUAGAGAAGUUGUUGCUUUCUGAGUUCUUGGGGCAAAGGUUUUCCUGCUGCUUAUCUGUUUUUUUCCAGGAGGGAGGGGAGAUUAAGGGAUUGGAGAAAAUAACCCUCUUCCUCCUUUUGCUUGGUUUGCUUCACUUCAUUAAAUCAUCAGCCUUCAAGCUGAUGGUAUACCUGCUAAGGGUUCAUUCUGCACUGGUAUGCUGAGGCAGCAGGACACAGGCAUGAGAAUGGUUCCUGAGUAUGUUGGGAAUGCUACUCUUGUCCUCCUCUGGAGAUAGCAGGGCUAUGUGGAGUGCACAGUAAACACCUCUAGAGCCUGGUCUGCCAGCCCUGUUCCUCCCACUAGCAGCGAGCACUGAUGGUGAGUAUCAGCUCUGACUCGUGCUGCUCCAGGUGUUUCAGUGCCAGGUGUGUGCUGUGCUUUGAGGGUUUUGUGGCAGCAGCAGCACCGGGCUGGGUGCAUGGGACUGGGAUGGAGGAGAUCGUCCUUGGUGUGGUAUGUACAAAGUCCAGGCUUGCUGUGUCCCCUUGUGUGGUUUCUGUUGGGUCGAUGUCUGCUCCCCUGGUGGAUCCUUAUGCAGGAGGAAUGCUUUUGGCUACUUUAUAAUAAGGAAAAGCACAGUGAAAGAUGCCUGCUUGACGCUGGGUGGAGCUUAGGCCAACGGUGAACAGCUGUGUCCUUGCAUGGAUAGGUCACUUGAAUGGUGUGUUCGGACUCUGUCUCCUCUGAGGCAGGCAGGGCUGCUCUUGUAGGUGACACUGGAGGACAUGAUCCUUUCCUGGUGUUUCUGACUCAUAGCAUAUAUUCAGCAGCAGGUCAAAGAAGGUGAUUGCUCCAUUCUGCACUGGUCACAGCACUAAGCCUGUCUAAGUUGAAGAAGCCUGUGGAUAAUGCUCUCUGGCACAUGGUGGGGUUUUUGGGAUGUCUGCACAGGGCCAGGAGCUGGACUCAGACUUGAUGGAUCCCUUCCAACUUGGUGUAUUCUGUGUUUCUGUGCCAGCUUGCAAACCCAGGCAUGCUGACCUGUUACCCAAACUGUUGCUGAUGCUCCCUCUGUGUCCUCUUUCCCUGCCAUAGAGUUUUCACUUGUUUUUCCUCCUCCCUGCAAACUCCUUCACCUCUCAAACUGUUCUCUCUGUUACUGUAGGUCUUCUUGAGCUGAAGGGAUGAAAAUUGGCAAUUGGAAAAUCACUGUCACUGACCUGAGCUUUAUCCUGACUUCUGGAGUCCCAGUUGAUGUUGUUGGGCACAUGAGUCUGCAAGAGUGUCCCCUGUCCAUGAUUUAGGCAGCGGUUGGACAUGCAUCACUAGCGGGAUGGUCGCCCACCAAAGCUGCAAUGUCGUCCCUGACGACCUCCAGUGAGGGAGAGAACUCUGCUCCCAGGUUUGUUCUUGGUUCCAGAGAUGAUGAGACAGAAUUUCUGGGAUCAAACAUGAAGACAGACGAAACCGAUUUCUUUGAAGAUGACGAAGAGGAGGAGUCGCCUCCAGAACGGCAGAUUGUGGUGGGAAUCUGUGCCAUGACCAAAAAGUCCAAGUCAAAGCCCAUGACACAGAUUCUGGAACGUCUGUGUAAGUUUGAGUACAUCACAGUGGUGAUCAUGGGGGAAGAUGUUAUUCUGAAUGAACCGGUAGAAAACUGGCCCUCUUGUGACUGCCUGAUAUCCUUCCACUCCAAAGGAUUCCCCCUGGAUAAGGCAGUUGCUUAUGCCAAGUUGUGCAAGCCAUUUCUGAUCAACGACCUUGAUAUGCAGUAUUACAUCCAGGACAGGCGUGAAGUGUAUCGGAUCCUUCAGGAAGAGGGGAUAGACCUGCCCCGCUAUGCUGUGCUCAAUCGAGAUCCUGACCGACCAGAAGAGUGCAACUUGGUGGAAGGAGAGGACCACGUGGAGGUAAACGGAGCUGUGUUCCCAAAGCCAUUUGUAGAGAAGCCAGUCAGUGCUGAAGACCACAAUGUGUAUAUUUACUACCCGACAUCAGCAGGUGGGGGCAGCCAGCGGCUCUUCCGCAAGAUUGGAAGCCGGAGCAGUGUGUACUCCCCAGAGAGCAGUGUGAGGAAGACAGGCUCCUACAUUUAUGAGGAGUUCAUGCCUACGGAUGGCACUGAUGUAAAGGUGUACACGGUGGGGCCGGACUAUGCCCAUGCAGAGGCUCGCAAAUCCCCUGCUUUGGACGGGAAGGUGGAGCGGGACAGCGAGGGCAAGGAGAUUCGCUACCCGGUCAUGCUGACUGCCAUGGAGAAACUCGUUGCCCGUAAAGUCUGCGUAGCCUUUAAGCAAACCGUGUGUGGCUUCGACCUCCUGCGGGCCAACGGCCACUCCUUUGUUUGUGAUGUGAAUGGCUUCAGCUUUGUGAAGAACUCCAUGAAGUAUUAUGAUGACUGUGCCAAAAUCCUUGGAAAUAUAAUCAUGAGGGAGUUGGCUCCCCAGUUUCAUAUCCCCUGGUCCAUCCCAACAGAGGCAGAAGACAUCCCCAUUGUCCCCACUACUUCAGGCACCAUGAUGGAGCUUCGCUGUGUUAUUGCAGUCAUCCGUCAUGGAGAUCGCACCCCGAAGCAGAAGAUGAAGAUGGAAGUGAAACAUCCCCGGUUCUUUGAAUUAUUUGAGAAAUAUGAUGGUUACAAGACAGGAAAGUUGAAGUUGAAGAAACCAGAGCAGCUACAGGAAGUGCUGGACAUUGCACGGCAGCUUGUGGUGGAGCUGGGAACCCAUAGUGAUUGUGAAAUCGAGGAGAGGAAAUCCAAGCUGGAGCAGCUGAAGAGUGUCUUGGAGAUGUAUGGACAUUUUUCUGGCAUUAACCGUAAGGUUCAGUUGACCUAUCUUCCUCAUGGACAUCCAAAAGCUGCGAGUGAAGAUGAAGAGGCUCGCCGGGAGUCCUCCCCCUCGCUGCUGCUGGUGCUGAAGUGGGGCGGGGAGCUGACCCCAGCAGGAAGAGUCCAGGCUGAGGAGCUGGGCCGGGCCUUCCGCUGCAUGUACCCUGGGGGCCAAGGCGAUUAUGCUGGUUUCCCUGGCUGUGGCUUGCUCAGGCUGCACAGCACUUAUCGCCAUGAUCUCAAGAUCUACGCCUCGGAUGAGGGGAGAGUUCAGAUGACAGCAGCAGCUUUUGCAAAGGGUCUGCUGGCCCUGGAAGGAGAGCUGACCCCCAUCCUGGUGCAGAUGGUGAAAAGUGCCAACAUGAAUGGUCUGCUGGACAGUGACAGUGAUUCUCUUAGCAGCUGUCAGCACAGAGUGAAGGCUCGACUACAUGAAAUCAUGCAGAAGGAUGCUGAGUUCUGUGAAGAGGAUUAUGAAAAGCUAGCACCUACAGGCAGUGCUUCUCUGCUCAACUCCAUGACCUUUAUCCAGAACCCAGUUGAGGUCUGUAACCAGGUGUUCACCCUGAUUGAGAAUCUCACCUCCCAGAUACGAAAACGUCUGGAGGACCCAAAAUCUGCAGACCUGCAGCUGUACCACAGUGAGACUUUGGAACUGAUGCUGCAACGCUGGAGUAAGCUGGAGCGAGAUUUCCGCAUGAAGAAUGGGCGCUAUGACAUCAGCAAGAUCCCUGAUAUAUAUGACUGCAUCAAGUAUGAUGUACAGCACAACUGUGCACUGAAACUGGAAGGCACAACUGAACUCUUCAAGCUCUCCAAAGCCCUGGCAGAUGUGAUCAUACCCCAGGAAUAUGGGAUUAAUAAGGAGGAGAAACUGGAGAUUGCUAUUGGCUUUUGUCUUCCUCUCAUUAAAAAGAUCCAGCUGGACCUACAGAGAACUCAUGAAGAUGAGUCUGUCAACAAACUACAUCCGUUGUACUCAAGAGGAGUUCUGUCCCCGGGUCGCCACGUCCGCACUCGGCUGUACUUCACCAGUGAGAGCCACGUGCACUCCCUGCUCAGCAUCUUCCGCUACGGGGGCCUUCUGGAUGAAAACAAAGACCAGCAGUGGAAGAGAGCCAUGGACUAUUUGAGUGCUAUCUCAGAGCUGAACUACAUGACCCAGAUUGUUAUCAUGCUCUACGAGGACAACAACAAGGACCCCUCUUCAGAGGAGCGUUUCCAUGUGGAGCUGCACUUCAGCCCUGGUGUCAAAGGCUGUGAGGAGGACAGGAACAUACCCACGGGGUUUGGCUUUCGACCGGCCUCAGCAGAGAACGAGGAAAAGAAGGCAGACCAAGGCAGCCUGGAGGACCUCUCGCGUGAGAAGGGCAGCGAUGAGGCAGACUGCGCUCGGCAGAAGUCCCCGCAGCCCUCGGAGCCCGUCAGCAUCCAGCGCCGGUCGCCGCUGGUCAGGAGCCGCAAGACAGGAUCCAUGGAGGUGCUGUCUGAAUCUUCUUCUAAAUCAGGAGGUUAUCGCCUCUUCAGCACUUAUUCCAGGCAGUCUUCUGAGAUGAAGCAAAGUGGAUUAGGGUCACAGUGCACCGGGCUGUUUAGCACCACUGUGCUGGGAGGCUCCUCCAGUGCCCCCAACCUCCAGGACUACGCACGCAGCCAUGGCAAAAAGUUUGCCAGCAGCCUGACAUACAAAGACGGUUUUGAGGGCUGCUCCAUGGUUCCCACCAUCUAUCCCCUGGAGACGCUGCACAACUCGCUGUCUCUGCGGCAGGUGAACGAGUUCCUGACGGCCGUGUGCCGGAGCUGCAGCGAGUCGCACGCCCACUCCACCGCAGCUCUGUUUGAUUCAAUGAUUGGGAGCCAGAUCCCAGGAGACCCCUUUAUGUCCCAGAGAAUCCUGUCGUCGUCGUCGCUGCCGCUGCGCCCGCGCUCGGACAAACCCCCCUGGUACAGCAGUGGCCCCUCCAGCACCGUCUCCAGUGCAGGCCCAUCCUCCCCAACUUCUGUGGACAGCUGCGCUCGUUUCAGCUUCACUGAGAAACUUUCCAUCAGCCCCCCAAAAAGUGAGGAGCAGCUGACCAGCCAGUCCCCUGAGCAGGAGGAGAGUCAAGCUCCACGCAGAGAGCCUGACGUGCAGGAGGGUGUGUCUGGGCUGCCAGCAGCAGAGCCAAGUGCCCCAGAGACCCUGAUCUGGAAUAAGGGCCCAGAGCCAGGCAGGAUUCUGGAGCUGUGCAAGAAGGAGCUGGCAGGGGAGGAUGCUAACCCAGAAGAGAAGAGCAUGGGAGAGCGGGAUGAAGAAAAAUCAUCUGGGGAAAUGUUAGAGCCAAGUAACAUAGGAAACCCAAAGUGUGGUGAAGGAUUUGACCUGGGGCUGGCUGGGGAGACAGCAAAGCCAGGUGAGGGGUCUCUCAGGGGAAUGACUGGCCUGGAUCUGUCCAAGGAGAUCCUGGUGCCCUGUGAAGAGGAGCUGCUGGGAGAGACGUUGGACCCAGAGCAUACAGGCAAGGAGCUGCUGGGGGACAGUGCUCUGUCAGACCAGCUUUUCUCUGGUCACCUGUGCCAGGUACAGCCACUGACUCCUGAGAAGAAUGUGGAGGAACUGCAGCUGCUGUGUCAGAAGGAUCAGCAAAUUUAGUGGCUUACUGGACAGCACACUGCAAGCACUUCUAAGCCUGAAAGCAGCCCAACUUCCUGCACGGCACCUCACGCAGCUGGCGGUGCACAGCAGAGAAGAAGCCACGUCCCAGGGCUACAGGGCUCUGUGGUGUGGAAGAGACUGCUUUGCUCCUCCACAAGCCAGCUCUUUGCCAUUCAGCAAGAAUGCUUGCCUCGUUAAAUGAACAACAAUGCAGUCUGGGUACUGGCAUGGCACCUUCAUGGAGCAGGGACAUGGUGCUGCCUUGGUGUCCCAAGGGCUUUGUGCUCACUGGGACAGCAGCAUUAGAGGACUGGUACAGCCAAGGCUUUUAGGGUGGUAAGUCCAAAGAGGACAGUUCCUCCUGACCCUUUGGCCCACAGCCUUCAGAGAAAGGCAUUCUGGGCCCAAAUUAAUCAGAUCCAUCACAACCACCAACCUCCUCUGUUUCUUCCUUCUUCCUCUCCGAAAUCCCACUGCUGGCCACCAAAAUCAGGUCCAGAGAGUCCAUGGUAGGAAAACUAGCAAAAGCAGAAAGCAUUCUGAAUGAGUGUGGAAAAGAAGGGUAGUGAGGUAUCAGGUUUGACUGCCACUUGCAAGGAAAUAUCCCUUUGGCGUGGCCUUGGAUGUUUCCCUGCUGGACUGGGGCUGGCAGGAGCCUGGGCAUCCAGCCUGAGAGAGGUGUGCAGGGAAGAUACACACAGUUGUUUUUUCUUGUCCCCAGGGAUCAGGCAGGGUACAGCUCUGAGGUCUUGGUGACAGAGAUUAAAAGAAACUGCUAUUUUGAUAAUUCAGGACUAUUAGAAACCAAUAAGGAGAAAUCUUUAUUAUAUAAAAUGAAAAGUAUUUAAUGGAUAUUUAUGUAAAUGCCUUGUGAGCACAAGCCUGAGGGCAAGAUUGAUACGGGUGUCCCUGCCGCAUCCUGAGUGCCGGCCGGGGCUGUGCUUCCCACUCCUCCUGUAUUUAUGGACAAGUCUGCGUGUCUGUCUGUAGCUAGGAUCUCUGUUUUUGUGAAGCUGUGCCCAAAGAUCUCUAUGCUGUGUUGUGACAAUGUGUGUUCACAGUAAAUCUAUGCUGUGGGUCCAA